AUGGUUUUCUACGCAUAUGUAAAACAGAUCACCGACAACUCGUCCUAUCGAUAUGUAAUUGUCUUCACUAGCCGUGCAGUUGCCGAUGAGUGGUGGCGUGCCGUGUCCACUUCCGCUAUUGUUAGUUUCACGGACAGUAUUCGGCGUGUCAACGCCCAGUUCUACACCCAUGAUGUGAACCAGGCCAAUGCCGCCAACUCCCUCACCACUACUGGGGUUGCGACCCAAUUCCUUGGCGACGUGUUUUUCACGUUGCUGAACGACCUAGGUGGUCGCGGGUUGAGCAUCAUCCCGUCGCCUGAUCAUUUCGUGGACCACAUUAGCGGGAAUUCUUUCUUCAUUCGCUCCAAAGUCUCUCCUUACAAGUACUGGUACUAUCCCCAAUCGUCUAACGCAACAAAUGCGAUCUAUGUUUCGCACACCGAACGCACUCUCUUCCGUGUUAGUCGCACCGACAGCGGUACUGCAGGGACCAUCAUAAUUGGCUCCGACGAGAUUAAUAUCACGUUGACCACCGUCGAUCUGUCCAUCAAUGUCAUCGCCAGCACUGGUCAAGUGAUAGUUUCAGCUGUUCCUAUGUCGGGGUUGAAGUUUAGUGACCUUUUGAACAAAUUCACUGUGGGGCCUACCUAUAUAGAUGAUCAGAACUUGGCCACGAGGGAGCUCCUCGGCACGGAUGACGGGGAGGAGUGGGAACUUGCUUGA